AUGGGGUGCGCGUACAGUAAACCAAAAGUUCAAGAAACAGAACCGAUUACUAUGGAUCAACUUCAAAAGGAGUUAUUCAAGUUCAACAAAAAAAUCCGAGGCUAUUUGAGGCGAAAGAAUAACUUCUGUUUAAAAAAAGUCAAACAAAAGAAUCCUCAGGCAGAGGAAAGGCCUCAAACAAAGGCACGGGUACCUUGCGAUGAUAAACUGUGCUCAGCAGGCAAACCUACAAACCAGAGUCCUUCAAAUGAAAAACCAAAAACAACAACAAAUUCGAAAGAAAUCAAGGAGGAUGGCGCUGCACGUGUACUGCGCUCUGUGUACUCAAAAACCGAGCCGAACAAAAUCCGAAGAUCUCUAUCACUGAAAGCAAUGGCUCCCGCCAAAAGAUCUCUACCAUUACAAGAAAGAAAAUUAAGUGAACAAAGCCAAGUUUCCAUUGCUGAUAUUGUGCUAAGUUCACAAAAAAGUGUGCAACAUACGUACACGCAAGGGAACCAGAUGAGCGUUCUGAAAUACUUCCAUCGUGAUAGACUGUACCAUCCAGAAAGACAUUAUAACUUCAUCAGAGAGAUUGGUCGAGGAGCUUUCGGACAGGUUUACCUUGCAAGACACAAACAGAUAUUACAGGGCGAAGAAUAUGGCAUCAAGACCAUCUCGCUUGAACAUUCAGACGAGAGAAGCCUGCUCAUGGAGCUCGAGGCCCUGCUUACCUUCAAGCACAAAAAUAUUCUCGCUCUUACGAACAGCUACCUCACCGAUGGAUUCUUGUACAUCGUCACAGAAUAUGUGGCUGGGAUGAGCCUUUACUCGAUGAUGUCCAACUUUUCAAACGGUUUACCAGAGUACAUUGUAUCACACAUUAUGAGAGAAUGCCUGCAAGGACUUGCACACUUGCAUCAGUCUGGAUUUAUUCAUUGUGACAUAAAGACCGAAAACAUCUUGAUUAGUAACACAGGCCAGAUUAAAAUAGCCGACUUCGGACUAGUGGUGAGAACGACGCAACCGAUACAACCAGGAUUCCGAGGCACGCAAAUGUAUGCAUCGCCAGAAAUGGCAAAUGAGCUGCCAUACGGCAAAGAAAUCGACAUUUGGGGCCUCGGUAUAGUUGCCAUGGAGUUGUUCCAGGGAUAUCCACCAUUACGGAUUGCUGACUGCAUGCAAUGCUUUGUGAGCAUGGCUAAGUCUGGCUACACCAUAAUGGAUAAUGAGGCUGCAUCCAGGGCUUCAGAAGACUUGAUGAACUUCUUGUACAACGGAGCACUGAAAUAUAAUCCUGCAGAUCGAUUAUCUGCUGACGAGCUGCUCACCCAUCCUUUUAUUUUAAGACAUGAGCAUUGGGGUGGCUUCUGUGACUGUCUGUCAUCAUUUAUGAAAUGGGUGCUGGAGCCAGUAUAA